GCAGUGUAUUGAGUAUCAAUGUAUUUGAUUGGUGUAUGAUGUGUCGUAGAAAUACAAAAUAGUAACAGUUUGUGUUGCAUAAUAUUGUAAUAUAAAUAAACAUGGGGCUUUUGAGGUCUACUCUUAAAUUUGCUGUAAAAGGCUAUGUGGCAUGGAUUGCUAUUGAUUAUACAAUUCAAGAAGGCUUUUGGUCUGGCUCAAACGAUUCUAUUGUGGCCUUCAAAACACUUGGCAACAAAAUUAAAGAAAUUGUGCCUGAAAAUCUAACGAAUCAACUACCCAAACUAAAUGUAAACGAUAGUGUGAAAAAUAGUUGGAAUACUCAGGUUAACAAUGCUGCAGAAUUAAUCCUUGUAUCACCAAAGAAAAUUUCAGUCUUAAUAGAAGAUACGGUAUUUCAGAAUGAAAAAAUAAAUAAUACAAAUGUCAAACAAAGUAAUCGAUAGACAUGUAAAAUAUGUAUUAAAAAUUGGUAUAAUACAUUUUGUGUAAAUUAA